AUUCGUCCACGACAUGGUUGACAAAAUGCUGAGGAACAUUCUUAUAUACGUAGUCUUAUCAACAUUUGUGGGCACGCUACUCGUCAGCAGCAUUCGGCUCGCCUGUCCCAGUUGCCGAUCUCCUGACUCCUGCAAGGAACCCGCCACAGAAAUCUGCAAUCAAACCACUGCCAAUGCCAGCAACGCCUUCUUGACCACCUUACACACCGACGUGCCCGAAGUGAAUAACACUGACAACUUCCAUUGUGGCAGCUUUAAUUAUCGGAAGUAUCCAAAUCAAUUCGAUACGUAUGCGUUCAAGGGCUGUAUUUAUGCCGACUUGCCACUUUGUGAGCUUACGUUUAAUUCGGAAUUGAAUGAAGCCUGGAUUAAAAGAUGUGCGUGGUCCACACCAAAUGAGCUGCCUGACGAUGACGAUGAUGCAGCGGGCUCCUUAGCUCAGAGUACCUAUACUAUGAUGGCUUCGUUUAUGAUAUUGGGAUUGCUCAAGUUAUGGCGAGUCUAGAUUCUA